AUGUCUGCUCCUGUCGGCCCUCUCCUCCAGUCGCUCCGCACCCUCCCAGAGCGCUCGCGCCAGGGUGUGAACAACCUUCGCCAGAGGCUGUUCCAGCAGGGUGAGAAGCCCAAGAAAGAAGGCCAGCUCCUUCGCACCUCCCUGAACGUCCACCGUCCCGUCUGGAUCACCGCCGGCGGUGGUGUCUACACCAGCCUGGCGGCCGUCCUCCUCACCAUGCGGUACCUGAAACACGUUCGAUAA